CCUCGUUUACAAUUCGCUUUAUUGCCCGCUUUAUUGGUUUGAAACAUUUACUUCAUGCACAAAUUCACCGUACAUGGAAUAUGAUACAGCAAGGAUUUCAUUGUUUGAAAUAAUAUUGAUGCGAUGGUCCCAGUUAUCUUUUACGUUUCCAAAGUCUAAACGCAGUAACUUAAACCGUAAACAGAGCAUAUAAUUUCAAAAUGGCAAGAAGUGCAUACUUUUCGUCAAUUUUGAUCGUCCUGUUGUUUUGCAACAACCUUGGACAAACGAAUGCUUUCUUCAACUUUGACAUCAAUCAGUGUCCAAGUGGAUGCGUUUGCAAAGAUGACAGUAUCACUUGCAGGGAUAUAAGGCAGAUGCCCAAGUUUUCAAACACUACCAAACGGAUCGAACUCGUACAUUGUUAUAUACCAACAAUUUUUACACAUGAUUUCGAAAAUGCGACUUCUCUCGAGGAGCUUGUGCUUGACAAUGUUAAUGAUAACGGUGGCUCUAUCUAUGGCGGUGGUACCAAACUGGAUUCCAAUUGCUUUUCCAAGUUGACCAAGCUGAAGAAGCUCGUCAUGUUGAACACCAAACUGUUCAUGUAUUCCUCCGACUACUUUGAUAACUUGACGAAUCUGGAACACCUUGUCAUGAAUAAUGUAGGCUUGGGACCGCAUCUUUUACAGAGUUUGUUUCAGCGCCUAUUUAAACUGACACACUUAGAUCUUGGUCGGAAUUGGAUCGAAUUCAUGCCACGGCGUUUAGUGGCUAAUUUCAGAAAUCUAAAAGUGUUUAAGAUUAACAACAAUAUCCUUUGGAGCCCCAACGCAGCGUUGACUCCAAUAAGCGAAGCGAGUGACCUCGUAGAAUUGGACUUAACGGAUAAUAGAUGGAUUUACCCUCACAAUCAAUUUGACAAACUUCCAAGUGUGUUCCAAUCGUUUUCUAAGUUGAAGAAAUUGUCUAUUGGCAAAAAUAAAUUUGAGAAGCUUGGACGGGAUUUUUUCGCCGAUGCUCCUCCAUCUUUAGAACAUAUCUCCGUCGAAGCUGCUUCUAUUAAAGAUAUACAUAACGAAACCCUCCGCCCAUUGAAAAGCCUGAAGUUCUUAGACGUAAGCUCGAAUCAUGAUAUCAAAUACGGCCAGUUCAGGACCCUCCUUGGAAGUCUAGCCGUUAAGAGCAAGUUGACAACGUUGAUCAUGAGGGAUCAUAAAAUAGAUACCUUCCAAGCAAGCAUGUUUCCAUCUCCUUCUCGUGUCUCGUCGUUAAAGUCCUUGGACAUGUCAGGAGGGGACCUAAAAACUCUCAAUACGGAUGCGUUCAAACGUAUUCAGGGUAUUGAAGAGCUUCAGCUCCACGGGAAUAAACUAACUGAUAUUCCAAAAGGGGUAUUCAGUGUUUUAUCAAACCUUAAGGUUUUGUCCCUCGCUUCUAAUAACAUUAUGCGGUUCCAUCAGAGCAGCCUUCGUACCAACAGACAUUUGGAAGACUUGGACAUUUCUGGCAAUAAACUACAGUCGUUGGCGUUUGGAUUAUUGGCUGGUAAACGCAUCUUGAAAACGUUUAAAGCUGGUGGUAAUAACAUAUCUGUGAUUACGAAAAAACAUCUGGAAAAUAUUCGGUUCUUGGAACACUUGGAUAUGAAGUCCAACAACGUUAAAACAUUUAAAUGGAAACAUUUUGAAAAACUAAAUCAUUUGAAAGAGAUUGAUUUCUCCGGCAACCCACUUGUCUGUGAUUGCAGUUUGCACUACUUUAGACAUUGGUUGGGGUUAUGCGAAAUCGAAAUUCUGAAUAAGGAAGAAACACAUUGCCACCAAGAUUUCAUCGAUACGUACAUCCCCCUCGACCGUUAUGCUCCGAUAAGGAUUGAGUGUCCUGAUCGACCAGAGAGUAAAAUGGUUAUUUCCACAACAAAUAGGCCUGGAGCUGAUGAAGAUGAUAUUCCGGAUGAGGAUACUUUAGGAACUUUUCUAAGCGAUAUAUUGAGCGGAUGGUGGGGUUAACACAGUUUUAAUACACACUAUUGUUCUACUGAUUAAGAACAUAACUUCUGAGAAUAUAUGACAUAACUGCAAUGGCCAAUGUCAUAAUGAAGAAAAGUUCUCAUAUUCCCAUCUGAUACUAGUAUAUUAAUCACAGUCUCAUCUUAUGUACAAUCACGGCCAUCACCUUUGGGCUCUGGAUGAGAAUGGGACAGCAUUUUCUCAUAUGACUAAAUCAGAUCCAACCAUCUUUCUCUUGUACAAAUACAGUCAUCUUUCAUCCUAAAAUGCAAAAUGAAAUUACUUGUGACGGAAACGAAUACUAAACCUUUUGGAGUGAUAGCUAGCUAAUAAUCUUAUUGAAAACUGCAGCCAGUGGCCACAGUUCUGUGCCAGUAUAAAUGUCUUGAUAACUUUUUUUGUAUACACAUGUUUUUUGUAUUUGUCACUUUUUUGUUGGAUCAAUCAGCAUUUUUAACCUCUUGGAUAUUCUAUGACUUUUGUUGGAAAUAUCCAUGAGUGGAUAUCGACCAUCUUCACGAGUGGGCGCAUCUAAAGAAUAGGGAUGGGUGAUAGCCAUGAGUUGAUGAGAAUGAUAGGCCGCGAAUCACCCACAAAUUAUUUUCACACUAUGCAAAAAAUGUCUUCACCAUUAAUCAAAAGAAUGAAAUUCAGCACGAAACCUUAGUGUAAGGGUUUUGGUUUUUGACAUUUUGAUUUGCAUAAGCGCAUACUUUAUCAUUCAUUAUGAACUUGCCUGAAAAGUGGGAAUUGACGGGAGCAAUCACGAAAAUGCAAAAUUCUUCAAUUACUGUGUUAUUAUUGGCUGGAGUUAUGUUUGAUAUAUCAAGCCUUUGUAUAUAUGGAAUAUAUUCUUUUUAAAUAUACCAAGUGGGUCUCGGCCAAUCAGCUUGAAGUACUUCUGUGCAUUGAGUUAGGGUAUAUGGUCAACUGAAUAGAAACAUUUAGAAUGGAUGCUGAAUGGGUGAACUCAACAAAAGAUAAUUCACAUUAACUUAGACAAGGUGUGUUCGAUUCCAGCCAAUCCGAACACAGUAUUUCAAAUAAUUACAGUGCGUUAUAUAACCAAUCACCGAAUCCAAGUGGGUGUCAAGAUGACAACCUGACUCAACUUAUUGACAUUGAUGCUUUGCCAACUUGACCCUUAACAUGGUAGAAAAUAUUUUGCAAUGUGUGGAAAAAAUAAAAGCCCAAGACCCAAUGCAUUGUGGAAUGAUUAUUUCUUUCGGACGUUUUUCCCUAAAAUUAACCCUCGAUGAUGCGCAUCUAAAUUUUGGAAAUCAACACCUUCAAGUAACUUGGUCAUUCCACAUUGCAAUGAGUCUAGAGCUAAAAUCCUAACACUUGAAUAUUAGCAUAAUUAUCAUUCAUUACAUUAUAAAGACAAUUUGAAAAGUAAUGAAGUGUACCAUAAUGGAUUAAUAAACGCAUAUACUGAAAUAUGAAUGUAAAUGUAGGUGUCAGAAACUUAUAUAGCACCUUGGUCGAAGAGACCGUGUAUGCUACAUUGAUUCCAGGAAACUAGACAAUGUCAUAAUUUAUAAAGGCUUGAUAGAAUAUAUGAAUUGCAAUAAAGAACCCACUAC